CGCGGGGGUGUGGUAGUAUUCGAGGAUUGGUUGGAGGCCUCACCUGGCGAACUUCCCGAUUGGCCGAGCGGGCCACACAGGCACGCCCAUUGGCCGCCCCGCCCCGUGUGUGCCGGCCGAUUGGCUGUGGCCGCCCGGCCCGGUAUCCGGGUAAGAUGGCCGCAGUCGGAGAGUGCUCGGUCCCCGUUCCGUGGAAUUCGGUGUCUCUCACUCACGUCGAGUACCCGGCAGGUGACUUCACUGGCCGUCUCCUCGCCUACCUUAGCCUGAGUCCCAUCUUCAUCAUCGUGGGCUUCGUCACCCUCAUUGUCUUCAAGAGAGAGCUGCACACGAUCUCUUUCUUAGGUGGGCUGUGUUUCAACGAAAGUGUAAAUUGGUUAAUCAAGAACAUUGUCCAGGAACAGAGGCCUUGCCCAGAAGUCCAUCCGUCUGUCUACUCGAAGUACGCAAUGCCUUCCAGCCAUUCCCAAUUUAUAUGGUUUUUCUCUGUGUAUUCGUUCCUCUUCCUUUAUUUAAGGAUGCACCAAACCAACAAUGCCAGGUUCCUGGACUUGCUGUGGAGACACGUGUUGUCCAUCUGCCUUUUAACCUUGGCCUGUCUAGUCUCAUACAGCAGGGUCUACUUACUGUAUCACACCUGGAGUCAAGUUGUCUACGGAGGUUUUGUAGGAAGCUUCAUGGCUGCCCUUUGGUUUCUCUUCACGCAGGAAAUCCUAACGCCGUUAUUCCCCAGGAUAGCUGCAUGGCCGUUAUCCGAGUUUUUCCUAAUCCGAGACACCAGCCUCAUCCCCAACAUCUUAUGGUUUGAAUACGCGGUCAGCAGAGCAGAAGCCAGGAACCGACAGCGCAAGCUGGGCACCAAGCUGCAAUGAACGCCCAAGUCUCCAGCAUCGGACUACGCAGUUCUGUAUCCUGGCAGGCUGGAACGGAGACACCUGCCCAGAACUUUUGGAGGACGUAGCAAGGCGGCUUUUACGAGACGGACCGACGUGAUCGGGCAGGGACCAACCACCGAAGACCCCAGAGGCCUUUUCCAAUGCGCUGGAUCAAUCCUGCUGCAUGCCGAGUCCGCCCACGAAGCAGAAAACCAUUUAUAUAUCGCAGGCGCGCAGCGUUAAGAACGGAUGCUACCCUGGGAUGCACCGGGAAGCAAUUUUUUUGGGGGGAGGGGAGGGGGGG